AUGAGAGCCACCUACAUCCUCAUACUCACCUUGGCUUUAACAUGCCUGACACUGUCUGGUACUUUCGGAGCUGACAUCAUCAAUGGGAAAAGAGCAAAGAAGAACUCGCUGUUGUACAUGGCGUCUAUACAGACAGACGAAAAACACAAAUGCGGAGGAUUCCUGAUCGAUCCGAGUUACGUGCUCACAGCUGCACAUUGCUAUGCGAGUGGCAACAUGACUGUUAUACUGGGGACACACAACAUUGAUCCACGGGGGUCGAAUCUGAGAAGAUAUACAGUGCAAAAUAAACAUAAGCAUCCGUCGUACCAGAAUGUUUCAAAUGGAGAUGACAUUAUGCUUCUGAAGCUCUCCGAAAAACUAAAACUGAGCAAAGCUUUGAAAACCGUCAAAAUUCCAAGCAAGGACAGACCGAUAAAGAUGAACUCCAAGUGCAUUGUAGCAGGAUGGGGCAAAACUGAAAAGCAGAAUGUGGUGAACGACCUUCUAGUAACGGACGUGUCGACCAUUAAUUUCACCACAUGCCAGUCUAUGUGGAAAUCGGUGAAUGUGAAACUUCCUGAAAACAUCAUCUGUGCUGGGGGCGUCGAUACCAAAAGUGGCGCGUGCCAGGGUGAUUCGGGUGGACCUUUGGUGUGCAGUGGGCUAGCAGUCGGAAUUGUCUCAUUCAACCUGAGGGGCCGGUGUGACUACCCAAAUGUUCCCAACAUUUACACCAAGAUUUCAAAAUAUUUACCCUGGAUCAAGAAGGUGAUGAAAGGAGGUGCUUAAUGUUGUCUUUGAUCGCCGAUAAUAUUCUUGUGCAUUUCAAUCGGUUUACAGUGUAGCCUUUUGUCUUGGAUUUUUGGUAAAGAUGAAAAAUAUCAAACAAUCAGUGUAAGAUAAGACUGAACAUUACUUCAUACCUGACUUGAAUAACAGUGAUAUAUAUAUGCAUACACAACAGUAUGACAGAAAUGUAUUUACUGUUAGUAUCUUAUGCACAAUUUGCAAACUGCAAUAAUACCAUGUAUUCUGAACAUUUAAUGUCUAUACUGUUUGUUUUAAAGUUUUAUGUAGAGCUUCUAUAUAACAAUGAAAAACUGUGAAAAGCCCUAUAGAAAUAAAUAUGAGUUGUUUGCU